GAGUAAACAUCCCGAGCCGGGAAAGUCGAGCUGCACCCGCGUGCGGCCGUCUUGCUGCCGCGGCCGAGAACACCGUGCCCGGGCCUUCGUCCGUGCGGGGUGGCCAACAUGACGGCCCCGGGUCGGAGCCCCCUGGCGCCGCUGUUGGAUACACUGGAGGACUCUUCCGCCUCCCCUGGAGAACAGGUGGAUGCUUAUCUGGCUCUGACCAGUCGUAUGACUGGAGAAGGUGGAAAAGAAAUUCUUACGGAGGUUGAGAAAAAAAUUCUUCGGUUGUAUAAAGUUUUAAGGACUCAUAUUGCCAGUCAAAAUUUGGAGCUGAGUAGUGCUGCUCUACAGGCCUUGGGGUUCUGCUUGUAUAAUCCUAAAGUUACCUCAGGAUUGUCAGAGGCAAAUAUUCAGGAGCUGCUUUCUCAAUUAAAUGAUCAUGUUAAAAGUUCAGACAAAAAUGUUCGUACCAGGGCACUAUGGGUGAUAUCCAAGCAGACAUUUCCUGCCGAGAGUGUUGCCAAAGUGGUACCCAAUAUAAUUGACUCAUUAGAAAUGGUAUAUAAUAAAGGAGAGGUGCAUUCUGCUAUUAUUGAUUUUGAAGCGUUAAAUGUUAUAAUAAGGCUAAUUGAACAAGCCCCGGUUCAAAUGGGAGAAGAGUCAGUGCGGUGGGCCAAAAUAGUCAUACCAUUAGUGGUUCAUUCAGCACAAAAGGUUCAUUUGCGGGGUGCAACCGCUUUGGAGAUGGGAAUGCCUUUGUUGCUCCAAAAACAACAAGAAAUAGCAUGUAUUACGGAGCAGCUUAUGACCACUAAAUUAUUCUCAGAGCUCCAGAAGCUAUUUAUGAACAAAAAUGAGACAUACGUGUUAAAAUUAUGGCCUUUGUUUGUCAAACUUCUUGGGAAGACCUUACAUCGAAGUGGAAGUUUCAUCAAUUCAUUAUUGCAGUUAGAAGAACUAGGAUUUCGUAGUGGGACACCUAUGAUUAAAAAAAUAGCUUUUAUUGCUUGGAAAAGCUUAAUAGACAAUUUUGCUUUAAAUCCAGAUAUACUUUGUAGUGCAAAAAGACUCAAAUUGUUAAUGCAGCCUUUAAGUUCCAUCCACGUGAGAACAGAAACACUAGCAUUAACAAAAGUAGAAGUGUGGUGGUAUUUGCUGAUAAGACUUGGACCUCAUCUUCCUGCUAAUUUUGAACAGGUUUGUGUGCCUCUGAUUCAGAGCACAAUAAGCACCGAUCCUAGUGCUUCCUCUCGUGGAGCUAGUUCUCCUGGUCUAAGUCCUAUGACUCCUGUAUCCAAAGGUGCUUCCCCGUACGGAGUUUCUGUAAACCCCAGGAUGAACUUGAGUUCAAAUUUAAGUGGAAUGGCCACAAUCCCUUCCAUUCAACUUUUGGGACUUGAAAUGUUGCUCCAUUUUCUGUUGGGUCCAGAAGUCUUGAGUUUCGCUAAGCAAAACAAGCUUGUAUUGAGCUUAGAGCCACUUGAGCAUCCCUUGAUCAGCAGCCCUCCUUUUUUCUCCAAGCAUGCGAAUACACUUAUCACUGCUGUUCAUGAUAGCUUCGUUGCAGUUGGAAGAGAUGCAUCUGAUGCAAUUCUCAGUGCUAUCUGGAAGGAGCUAAUUAGCUUGGUCAAAUCAGUUACUGAAUCAGGUAAUAAAAAAGAGAGACCAGGUUCUGAGAUUUUGACUCUUUUACUAAAAUCUUUGGAAGGCAUAGUGAAGUCAGAAGCAUUUCCUGUUUCAAAAUCACUGGUCCUCAUGGAAAUUGCAAUUAAAGGACUUCCCCAGAAAGUAUUAGGUUCACCGGCAUAUCAGGUUGCUAAUAUGGAUAUUCUUAAUGGGACUCCAGCUUUGUUCUUAAUUCAGUUAAUUUGUAGUGAGAAUUUCCUGGAAUGUGGCAUAGCAGAUGAAAAGUUUUUUCUCAAUCUGGAGACACUUGUAGCCUGUGUGCUUUCUGGUCCGACUUCACCACUGGCUUUCAGUGACUCUGUACUAAGUGUUAUAAAUCAGAAUGCGAAGCAAUUGGAGAACAAGGAACAUCUGUGGAGAAUGUGGAGCAUUAUAGUCACGCCGUUAACUGAACUCAUUAAUCAGACCAAUGAAGUGAAUCAAGGUGAUGCCUUGGAACAUAAUUUUAGUGCCAUCUAUGGUGCAUUAACCUUACCAAUAAAUCAUAUAUUUUCAACACAGAAAUUUCCAGCGGCCACUAUGAAAACCUUACUUAAAGCUUGGUCAGAAUUAUAUAGAGCAUUUGCCCGUUGUGCAGCUUUGGUGGCAACAGCAGAAGAAAACUUGUGUUGUGAGGAGCUUUGCUUUAAGAUUUUAUCCAGUGUGGAAGAAGAAGACUUUGCUGAUUUGUUAUUUUUAGAGAGGAUCAUUCAUGUAAUUAGUGUAAUGGUUGAUUGCAUUGAUUUUUCACCGUAUAAUGUUAAAUACCAGUCUAAAGUUAAAUCACCGCAGAGACCUUCAGAUUGGUCCAAAAAGAAGAAGGAGCCCCUAGGGAAAUUGGCUUCUUUAUUUAAACUUAUUGUGAGAGUAAUCUAUGCUUUCCACACUCUGAGCUUCAAAGAAGUUCAUUCGGACACUCUGCUGGCUGUGGGCAACUCGGUCACCAGCAUUCUCUCCAGUAUACUUGGACAUAUUUCAUUACCUUCUGUAAUGCAAAAAAUAUUUGCAACUUUAACAAGACCGCUGGCAUUGUUUUUUGAAAACGCAAAGCUUGAUGAAGCUCCUAGAGUGUAUAGUUGUCUGAGCAUCAAGUUAGAAAAGCUACUAGGAGAAAUUAUUACCUGUCUACAAUUCAACUACACUGGAUCUUACGACAAUGAAUUUCUUGAACAACUCUCCCCACUGUUAUGCAUAAUAUUUCUGCACAAGAAUAAACAGAUACGCAAACAGAGUGCUCAAUUCUGGAAUGCGACAUUUGCUAAAGUGACAACAUUAAUUUAUCCUGAGGACUUAAAACAAGUACUGAGACAAGCCAAACAGAAAUCUCUGCUUCUGUUACCUGGUUUGGAAAAUGUUGAAAUCAUGGAGGAAUCCAGUGGACCAUUUUCAGAUGCAGCAGAAAAUUCACAAUUAAGCUUGAAGAUUAGUGGCAUGGAAAGAAAAUCAAGUGGAAAAAGAGAUUCCUUUUUGUCACAAACAAAAGAUAAAAAAGAUACGAAGACAUCAGCCAAAAUGAAAUUAGACUCAUCUUUAAAAGCAAAGAAUGACAUGUCUUUAGAAGAAGAAAAAUCUGUUGACUUUGUGUUUAUAUCACCAGAAGAAAAUGAAGCGAAGGAAAGAAUCUUAACAGAACAUCAAAAAGAAGUACUUAAAACAAAGCGAUGUGAUAUUCCCGCAAUGUAUAAUAAUCUGGAUGUGUCACAAGAUACUUUGUUUUCUAAUCCGUAUAGUCAAGAAGAAUCUAUGGAAGUUUCGACUUCUACCAGAAAAACAAAGGAAGAUUCAAAGGUAAUGGAGGAGCAAAUGAAGAGUCAUAUUGUCAGGCCUCAAGAUGUUAUGGGAAACUGUGGUACGGAUGAGCAUCUUCCAAAGGCUCCCCUUUCGAAUAAGGAACAUAGUUGUAUUAAUGAAAGCAAUCCAGAAAUAUCCAGCAUUAGCAAUGAUGGCAGGAAAGGAGCUUUAAGUUCAUCAAACAGUAUCUCUACUGAAAGUGAACCUAAUGCAGACAGUUCUUUCAUUGCCAGUAGUGGCUCCAUUUCUAACACCACCGUGUCUGGAACUCCUCUACAGCCUACAAGUCGCAGGCAAAGUUUCAUUACCUUGGAGAAAUUUGAUGGUUCAGAAAAUAGACCUUUUAGUCCUUCCCCACUGAAUGAUAUGUCGUCAUCUGUUUCAGUGAGAAAUAAUCAGGAAAAUAUGAAUAAAACAGAUACUUCAUCAAGAACAAAGACAAGAGAAGUUGCUUCAAAAUGUGACUCUGAUAAAUUAGUGAAUGGAAUUAAGAGAUCUGGCCGGAGGUGGAGUAAAGCAGAACAGUCAGGGAAUAAAAGGUCUAAGCCCUUAUUGAGGUCUGAUCAAGAGAAAAACACUCAGGAAUCUAUUGAAGGUGCAAUAACUUCAGAAAAUAAUCCUGCUGGUUUGCUCAAUCAAACCGAAUGUGUAUUAGAUUAUCGUCCUUCUGAGUAUAGAGCAGAAGAUGAAGAUUCUAAGCUUAAAUCUACAGCAGAAAAUGCAGUAUUGGCAAGUAGCACUGUAGAAGAGAAAAAUGCAGGGAUUAAUUUGGAUUCCAAAGAAAACACCCCUCCUGCAGUAAUAGCAGCAGAUCAGAUGGUAAAUGAGGAUAAUCAGAUUCACGUGACUCCAAAUCCAAAAACCCUUAGGAGAUCAUCAAGACGGCGUUCCGACAUGGCAGAAUCCAGCGCUGAUAGCCAGGAUAAAGAGAAUAAUCAUCAAAAAAGGGAAAAGCGUAGUAAAGAAGAAGAAAAAACUCUGCAAAAAAGUCCCUUUCAUGUAAAAGAGGAUGUGUUGCUAAAACAAAAACUGGCUUCAGAGCAAGCUGCACAAGAAAAUACAACUAACAAAGACAGCAAUAUACAUCAGAAAAUUUCUGGGGAAACCAGUGCUACCAGUGAAAUUGACCAAAAUAAACGAAAGUCAGACAUUGAGAAUAUACCUUCAGAGUGCGAUGUUUCCCAGGAUGCUGCAGAAAAAUCCUCUGAGAAACCUUUCAGAGGGCGAACACGUUAUCAGACAAGAAGAGCCUCUCAGGGCUUGCUUUCCAGCAUUGAAAACUCAGAAUCUGAUAGUUCUGAGGCAAAAGAGGAAGGCUCUAGAAAGAAGAGAUCUGGAAAAUGGAAAAACAAAGGCAAUGACAGUCUUGACAUUGAAGAUCAAGAAGAGAAAAUGGUAAAACAUGAAUGUGUGACAGUUGAAACUCAGAUGCAUGAUAGUAAAGGAGUCUCAGAAGAUAAUUCAGAUAUGAACUCUCCAACUUGUCAAAAAGAUGACAGUAUAAUUCCUCAGGAUUCUGCAAAAUCCUCAGAUUUGUUGCAUGUUUCUGAUGAUGUAUCAAAUACACACGAAGAGGAGAAUAAACCUACCAAAUGUGCAAGUCCACCUUUGCCAGAAUCAAAUCUAAGGACUAGAAAUGCCAGUAAGAGACUGCAUAGGCGUGAGUCUAAUGAUGAUAACAGUUUGGGAGAAUCAUCAAAAGUAGGGACAUCAGAUAGUUCUUUGCUUUCUGAAAAAAGUCUUCAAACUCUUGAAUGCCAACAUAAGAGAAGUAGGAGAGUGCGGAAAUCAAAAGGUUGUGAUUGCUGUGGUGAAAAAUCCCAGUCACAAGAGAAAUCAAUAACUGGUUUAAAGAAUACUGAAAAUGAUGAAAAGAUGACUGAUGUAGAAAAGAUAGAUGUACAAACACCUGUAAAUGUAUCAGAAAGUUCUAGUUCGGAUUCCAAAGUAAAAGUGUUAGAGGGACAACACAGUGUAAAUUUUCACUUUGAUCUCAAGGAAGAAACUGAUACUGCUAAUGAUUCAUUAGUUUUGCCUCACUCUAACUUGAAAGACAGUGUUAUUCAAGAAUCUAUUCCUUCUCCUGUAAGUCUUGAGAAAAAUCAUAGUGUUAUUUCUGCUGAAGGGGAAACGUUUAAAAGCCAAGAACCAGCGAAUAAGAAAUUUAGAACUGUUGGACCAUGUCUAAGUGAUCCCAAAGACAUUGAACAGAAAUGUUCUUUAGAGACCAAAGAAGAUACUCUGGAAGUCAACUCUCAAAUCAAAUGCAACGUUGUUAAUGAGAGCACAGAGUGUAAAGUACUAGCAGAAUCUAAUCCAGAGGAAGUAGAUGUGACACUAGAUGGAGAAGAUGGUAAAGGUGAAAUUAUCUCCUCUGAGCAAGAGAACACCAAAACUGAAAUUUUUGGAAAGGUGGUAGUAACGGAAAAUAAUGAAACAAGCAAAGCACUUGAAGCAGUCACAGCUGAAAUACUGAAUGGUGAAAAAGCUUCAACUGAGGAAUUCAAUUCGAAUAUUAGUCUUUCUGAUAAUAAAAUUCCUGUAAAACAUGAUGCUCGAGGCCAGAUUCCUGAACAGGCACUUGUUGUUAGCAGAGGAGGUGAUAAAACAAGUGAUGAAACAGAGGAGUAUGGAGGCCCCUCUGGAGAAGCAGAUACCAACAUGGACACUUGUGAUGAAAAGGUGAGCAGUGAUGUGGACGCUGAAACUGAGCCUGUCGGGGAAGCUGAGGACAGGGACAUGACUGUAGCAACCUCAAAGACUGAAGAAACUGAAAUGAACAACGAAAUGAAUAUAGGAGCUGACAGGAUUGUUCCUGGAACACCAGCCAUGAAUACCGAAGAACAAAAGGUUGAUUCUGAAAAAACUGAAGUAAAUAAGGAACUUGAUAAGAAAGUAAAUAAUGUAGUAAAUAAUGAAGUCAAUAAUGAAGACACAAAAUUAGAAGAGAGGCACAUUAUAGUACGAGAUUAUAUUUUACCAGAAGUUCAUGAAAGCUCAAAUAAAAUGGACGAAUCAUUCCAGUCCUUGACAUCUGAAACAAUGGUCUCUGACUUGAUUAGAGAAGAUAAUGGAUCGCCUCAAAAACCAAGGGAAUGCGAUCCUUUACUCCUGUCAGCAAAUGAAAGUCCCAGUGGCAUGCAGACUCGGUGUGUGUGGUCACCCUUGGCUUCUCCAUCCACUAGUAUUUUAAAGAGGGCACUAAAAAGACCCCAAGAGGAUGAGAACUCUUCGCCUGUUAAUAAGGUUCGCCGUGUCUCCUUUGCAGAUCCAAUAUAUCAAGCUGGAUUGGCAGAUGACAUUGAUAGACGAUGCUCUGUUGUUAGGUCCCAUUCUUCAAAUAAUUCUCCCAUAGCAAAAAGUAUUAAAAUGUCACCCACCUCACAGUCUAAGCAUAAUACCACUUCAAUCAGAGGAUUUCUGUCCCCUGGAUCACGUAGCCCUAAAUUUAAGAGCUCAAAGAAGUGUUUAAUUACAGAAAUGGCCAAAGAAUCCAUUCCAUGCCCAACAGAAUGUGUUUACCCAGCUUUGGUGAACUGUGCAGCACCAGUUGACAUUAUUUUACCUCAGAUUACAUCAAACAUGUGGGCAAGAGGUCUGGGACAGCUCAUCAGAGCCAAGAAUAUAAAAACAAUUGGUGAUUUGAGUACUCUCACAGCUUCUGAAAUAAAAACUCUUCCUAUACGUUCUCCAAAAGUGUCCAAUGUGAAAAAAGCCCUUAGAGUUUAUCAUGAGCAACAGAUGAAAUCUCAUGGACUUGAAGAAAUUCCAGUUUUUGAUAUUUCUGACAGAACAGUGAAUGGCAUAGAAAAUAAAUCUGAUGAAGAAAGACUUGCAUCAGACUUGAUGGAUCCUGUUACUUUAGAACCUCCAUUUUCUAAAAAUCUCAUGGCACAGAUCAGUGCUCUUGCCCUGCAGUUGGAUUCAGAAGAUCUGCAUAAUUAUUCAGGAAGCCAACUAUUUGAAAUGCACGAGAAACUUGGUAGUAUGGCAAACUGUAUAAUAAAAAAUCUGCAGUCACGUUGGAAGUCAACAGCCCAUGAAAAUUCUGUUUAGUAUUUCAAGAACACACUGAAAUUUUUAAAAUAUCAACCGAUUUCUUGAUUGUCAGACUCAGUGGUGUAGCACAAUUUCAGACUUUGCAAAGAUGGUAAUAUUUUAAAAUACCAAGAGACAAUGAUUUACCAUUAUGAAAGCUCAAAUUUGUAUUUUCAUUAUGUGUGUCCCCACCCCCCACCCCCCAGUGUAAUCUUUCUGACUGCUGUGUUGUUGUCAAGAAAUUGAAAUGUCUGAGAUGUGAAACUCAUUUUAUUUUGCACUUUCUUCAACUCAUGCGUAUUCCACUGAAAUAAUGUAAUGCUCAAUGUUUUAAGUAAAACUGAAAAAUUUUUGAGUUUCUGAUGAACUGAUUUUACAAAUUAUUUGUAUUUGUUGGGGCUGAAAUUUAAAUUUCUUCUUUGUGUAACAUCUGAAAAGACGCCGAGUAGUUUUUCUGCAAAUGUCAGUCCUGGACAGUCUUGGAGAAAGAUACCAGGAGGUUUCAUCUCUGGAGGUGAAAUCGUAGUGCAGAAUAUAUUCAGAUUUCGCUAGUUUAUGUUAGCAAAUACUUGAGCAGCAAAAUGUGCCUGUGAAAAUUUACUGUUUAAAAACAAUAGUAUUUGUUCUUAAAUGCAUGACUUUGUGUACAUUAUGUAUAGAAAACAAUAUUUUUAAUUUAUAAAUCUCAGCUUUUGUUAAUUGCAUGAAUUCUCUGCAGCUUUUUGUGAAUAGCUUCUUUGAUUUGACAGAAUUUUUGUAUAUAUUUGAUACGGAGUUUUCGGAGACAGAAGUGCCUCCUGGGCUCGUUACAGAUACUUGUAGUAUUCUGUAUCUACAGAUAAGACAGCAAAUAGUUUUGUACUUAGCUAAUAGUCUUAGUUAACAGAUGAGCUUAUUUUCUAACAUAUCUAGAACUAGUAACAUGACCAAAAUUAGAAAAUGUUAGGUGACAGCAUAUCCUUAACUGCCCCGUAGCCCUCCCCUCCCAUUUUGUUUGGAAGAGGAUAUUGCCCACUAAACAGUGUUCCAUUCCAUUUCUUCUUAUGGAGAGUUGGUCUAUUUUCAUUGCAAGUUGGACUAUAUAAGAAGUCUAAAA